AUGACCGCUUCCACCUCUGCAUCGGUGAUGGAUGAUCACGAGUCAGAAAGGGAUUACAGGGCAGACCACAGUCCAUCGCGUUUUACUGCAGUAAAUGGAAAGGACCUUUUGCUGUCUGGAGCUGCGGCUUCUACAACUACCGAGAAUCGAGAUAUCUCUGACGGUUGGAAAAGACCUAUGUACGAGGAUACGCUACCUCGGCACGACGAUCGAACCCGAGAAAAUGGCACCACAGGGCAUGAUCAAGAUGAUCGACGGUCGCAGCGCUCGCUGUCACGCGGUGGAUCCCCCAUAAACAGAAGCAAAAGGAAGCGGUCAGAAUCCGACGAACAAGAGGAUGGUUAUAUACCACAGAAAGGGCCCAGAAGUCCGGCUCCUCGCCCAGACGACCAUAUAGGUACUGCGACGCAGCCCCCCGCGCCCAACGGCAAUGCAACGACCCACGGCGAUCCUGAAUCGAAAAACAAUUCCACCGCACUGAACCCUAGAUCGGAGGAAAAAGAGGCUUCGCGGGCAUCGUCUGCCAAUGCUGGCUGGCAUGAGUAUGACUCGCAGUUGGUUAACCAAGCACAACGCGCACAGCAAAUCGAUGCGUCUGAUGCUCAGCUGGCGGAAGCACUCCAGCGUGAAGCUCAUGGCCAAGAUGCAACUCAAAAGGACUGGACCAUGAUUCAUCGCACAGAAGUACAGUUGCACAGUGACCACACUUCGCCGCUAUCUACUUUCCCUCAGGAGCGGCAACAGACGGCCGUGCAAGUUGCGCCAAAAAGAAAGCGUGUUUUUAGCAACAGAACAAAAACUGGUUGCAUGACUUGUCGAAGGAGAAAGAAAAAGUGUGAUGAACAACAUCCUGCAUGUAACAACUGUAUCAGAGGCGGCUUCCUCUGCGAGGGUUAUUCCUCUAGGAGCACGUGGCAAAAACCUUCGAACGCAAAGACGCCCGUUCCUCUACAAUCAAAGGACGGAUAUGCCGACAUUGGUAAUCAAUACAUUCACGAAGUCAGCCAGCACCAUGACCGCCAGCACAACCUGAACGAUCAACUGGAAGCUAGCAAGAUAAGGCCAAUCAUUGUCGAUGAGGGUGAUCGAUCGACUUCUCAAUUCAAUUCAAGUCCAACAGGCCCUGCGUCAAACCGUGGCUCUUGGUCCAAGCGGAAUUGGCCAGGCACGGGGCAUCCCGCCUACAUUGCCGACCACGUCGCCAAACCCGAUUACCGCGAAGUGCCGUCAAUCCAUGAAUUACCACGUGAAGGCCCUCCAAAGGCUGACUAUCAAAUUGUUCCACCCAUCCGAGAACUUUCACAUGGAACACACGGGAAACAGGGUGUCUCGUUAUUCCAGAGCGGGCUUGACCAGCGGCCAACUAUUGUCAAUACUAUAGACACUACCAGCCCGCAAGCGCAAGCGCGGAUGGCUCUAAGUAUCGAACAGCAGCUGUCGACUCGCACUGUCACUGGUGAGGAAACGGAAAAGGAAAAAAUGAUAAGGGGUGAUCUGUACAGGCCUUUCGAUAUCCACCUGGUUGAAGAAAGAGAGCGAUGCAGGACAGCACUAUGGCGGUUCAAUAGCGCAUGCAAUCCUGUCUCUGGUCUCAACGCAAAGGAGCAGAAUCGUCUUCUGAAAGAAGUUCUAGUACCACACAGCUCGCCAGUUGGCUCACCUUCGGGUGUCUCGUCGCCUCGGCCAACAGGAACAAUUGGACAAGGAGCUCUUGUUGAGGCGCCCUUUCAGUGCCACUAUGGGUACAACAUACAUAUUGGGGAGGAUGUGAUGGUUUCCGAAAGCUGCCUGUUUGUGGAUGACUGUCCUAUAACCAUCGGUGCUCACACAUGGAUAGGCCCCAGGGUUACUAUUCUCAGCUCAAUGGCUCACGCGAAUAUGCAAGAACGAAAGGGCACGCAAAGUCGCUAUCAAGGCCGGCCUGUUACAAUUGAGGAGGAUUGCUAUGUUGGUGCUGGUUGCAUUAUUUACCCCGGUGUUCGUCUUCGACGCGGAGCUUAUGUAGCUCCAGGGGAAAUAGUCAAAUCUGACAUUGUAGCUUAUGGUUUCCAAGGUCUCAAGCCAAGCUACAUGUGA